AAUAGGAGACCUUUAAUGGAUAUCCUUGUGUGGAACGCAUAAAAAAAGUUUAUAUACUGUAGUCACAAUGCUAAUGCUUACAUGAUGAUCAUUGGCAAAUAUAAUAUUUACUCACAAGAUCACAAUUUGUGUUUGCCAUGUUAACAUGAAAACAUGUGUUAACAACCACAAAGUACAGCUGAGGCUGAACAGAUCAAAACUUUGUUUCUGAUGUUUGUGCUGGAUGAAAGGUCAAAGGAUUACCAACAGUAUCACAGUUUACCCUAAAGUACGUUUUUACACAUUUAUCUUCCACUGAGAAUCAUCAAUUUCUGUACAAAUGUAGUAUCCACAUUUAAUAGUAAUACUUUCAGUAGUUGGAAAAUGGGAAUGGGGACCAAAGUAUUUGACUGACUGAUCAAAAGUCUCCCAUGGUGUAGCUUAAAAAAAAAAUGUUGUCUGACAAUCAUUAUUUUAUCACAGUAUGACUAUGGUGGCUGGAUGCCCAACACUCCCAUCUCCCUGCAACUUCCUCCACCAACCACAAAGGGGACAACAAGCGAGGCCACAAUGCUGAACACACUGCCUGACAUCAACACAACAGUUCAGGGAAUGGCCACCGUAUGGCUGCUCAGCAAGCCUUCAUCUGACUUCGUCCCUCUCGGCCAGUUCCCAGAGGAGCAUUUCAGUGAGGAGAAUCCUUGGGAGCUGAUAAAGGAUUUUCAAGGAGAGCUUGAAGUGUUGAGUAGAGUCAUCAGUGUCAGAAACAGGAAGCUGGAGAUCCCAUACACAUACAUGGAUCCAGCGGUGAUAGAAAACAGCGUGGCCAUUUGAAUGUCAGAAGGUGUGAGCUACUCAUCGUCUGCUGACCAGAUUGAGCUUGAUAAUAACGAAAGAGAGAAAGGGAAGAGGCACAUUUUCAGUUUUAAAUGUUUUAACUAUAGUGUGCUGUCAAUCAAAUAAAAAAAAUAAAAAGAAUUGCAUUUAUCACAAUAAUUAUCUGUGAUUUAUCACGUGUAAUCAUUUUUAAUCACACGUUUAAAUUACUAGUGUUAGUAAAGAAAUGCAAUAAAGAAAUGCAGAACAAGCUGAUUUUUGCCUAUAGGGGUUUUGAUUAUAACAUACAUUCUUAAUAACAAGCAUUAACUCCGACAACUUUCCGACAUUUAAAGUACAGACGAAGCCACCCCUAAAUUGUACGAGUGCAGUCACAAUUUGGAUCAGGUGUUUUGUGGCUUCUAACUGAUGUCCCAUGGUCUGCAGUCAGUUCAAUACAUUCCCCCGCUUUACUGGCCGUUUCACUGUCAGGGGAUUCAUUGUAAACAUAUGUGCUGAAAUUAUGGGAGGAUGUUUGGGUGAAAUGCUCUCUCCCCUCUCACAUCUUUCCUACUCCCAACAAGACUCCCCACUGUUUUAGAGAUCCAUGUCAAGAAGAUGUGAUACCCUGAAGGCCUAUUUGGCAACAUUAGCUUAAAAUAGAUUUAAGGAAAUGACUGUAAUAAGUAAUAUGUGAAAAUGUUUGAAUUGUUGAGCUAAAAGAAGCCAGUAGUAAUAGGAGUGAAAAGCCCAUUUUGUUUUAAUAUGAGCCCCUGUUAUCUCAUGUUUUGAUGGCAGGAGCUUAGCUAAGGAGCUAUCUUUUGUUUGGUUUUUGGUUAGGUUACUUUAGGGUUCUUUUCGUUUAGAAGUUUUGUUUAUUAUGUUGGCAUUUUUCUCAAAUUAAUAAAUCAAGUAUCAUUUGGUACAAAAAGAGACAAGUGAUUUACAUGUAGACUCCCUGAAAAAUAAAUAAGAGAGAUUGCAACAGAGUGAAACCCGACAGCUGAGGACAAAAGUGUCAAAACAUCUCUAACACUAGCUGGCUGUUUAGAAACCGCUUGAUUUGAUUUGCAGCAGCCUCCUUUAAUUAAGGGCGGACGACGCAUUUUGAACACGUUUUUUUUAAUAAUAUCAUUUGUUGAAGAUGUGCAAGUCUGAUGAACAGCAUGUAGUGGUCUGUGCCAGGGCUCAGCCCCCAAGGGCCAUGUCCCAAUUUAACCUUAAAGGGGACCUAUCACGCAAAAUGCACUCUCUCUCUUUUCCUCCAUACCCAAAUCUUUUAAAAACGCGGGUACAACAAGAGGAUACAGAUUUGCUGCCGAUAUCACGUAACUUCGGAUGGUGAACCCACAGAAAGUUGCUAUCAGAAACAAUGCCUGAUGUGUUUUGGACGUAAUAUGGUAUUAGCAAGCCUCGCUAAC